AUGGAGCGGACGAGCCCGGCGGCGGGGAAGCUGAACGCCGGCGGCCGUGGGGCGGGCGACGGGCACGGCUCCGCGGGGGCAGCCCAGCCGCGGGCGGCGGCGGCGGGCAGCGCAGAGCCCGGCGAGCUCAUCGGGCGGGCGCUGGAUUUCAAGAGCGAAGGGGCGCAGUGCUACAAGGACAAGAAAUUCCGGGAGGCCAUCGGCAAGUACCACCGCGCCCUCCUGGAGCUCAAGGCGCUGCUGCUGCUGCUGAGCCAGGAGCCGGCCGGGCAGCGCCCUCCCGCCGCCACCGCUGCCGCCGCCGGGCUCAGCGAAGAGCAGCGGCAGGCGGUGGAGGCCAUCGAGGUUGACUGCUACAACAGCCUGGCAGCUUGCCUGCUCCAGGCUGAGCUGGUGAAUUACGAGCGAGUCAAGGAGUACUGCCUCAAAGUGCUUCAGAAAGAAGGCGAGAACUUCAAGGCCCUCUAUCGAUCAGGAGUGGCCUUUUACCACCUCGGUGACUUCAACAAGGCUCUCUACUACCUGAAAGAGGCAAGAUCCCGCCAGCCGACAGAUACCAAUGUCAUACGAUAUAUCCAGCUGACAGAGAUGAAGCUCAGCAGAUGUUCCCAGAGAGAGAAAGAAGCCUUGUGA